UUUGAGUCAGAGCCGAGUCAUAUUUUUUUUUCAGCCCGAAUCUGAAAAUUUCCCACUUAAGCUUAGGUCCGGUCCGAAGAUAAAGUAGUAGAAGAAGAUAAAUUGUCGUAGUACCAAUCAUAAUGAGUAGUCAGGCAUUUAGUGCUCCUGGUAAGGCAUUGUUGGCCGGAGGAUAUUUGGUAUUAGAUCCUCAGUAUAAGUCGUAUGUGACUGCAUUAUCGUCUCGUAUGCAUGCUGUACUUCAUUCAACUGUAUCUACUAAUGUCGAAAUAAGACGAGUUAAAGUUUCAUCACCUCAAUUUAAGGAGGGUGAAUGGGUAUAUAAUAUUAAGGGAAACGAUUAUUAUCAAUCUGGAGCUAUUAAUGAAAUCAAUGAAAGACGUAAUCCCUUCUUAGAGGCUACUAUCUCCACAGUACUAACUUAUAUACAACCAAAAGAUAAUUUUGAUAUUGAUAUAACUAUUUAUUCUGAUUCAGCAUAUCAUUCUCAAGAUGGUACGACUGUUUCAAAGUCAAAUAAUGGUCAAAAGAAAUUCUUGUAUCAUACAAAACCUAUAAUGGAAGUUCCUAAAACAGGAAUGGGUUCAUCAGCUGGAUUGGUAACGGUUGUUACUACAGCACUUUUAGCUUAUUUUAAUAAUAUUAAGGAUAUUGAUGAAUCAACCAAGAAUAUCAUUCAUAAUUGUUCUCAAAUUGCUCAUUGUUAUGCUCAAAAGAAGAUAGGUUCAGGGUUCGAUGUAGCAGCGGCAGUGUUUGGAUCUAUUAUAUAUAAAAGAUUUCAACCAUCACUUAUUGAGAAUAUCUUAAGUAAUAAAGCAAGUAAUGAAGAAGUUCAACAAUUGGUUAAUUCUUCUUGGGAUUUUGUUCAUGAUCAAUGUGCAUUACCACCUCAUAUAAGAUUAUUAAUGGGUGAUAUUGAAGGUGGAUCAGAAACUCCAAAAUUAGUGUCUAAAGUUUUACAAUGGAAGAAAGAUAAACCUGAUGAAAGUGAUCCAUUAUAUAAAGCAUUAGAUACUGCCAAUCAAAAAUUAAUUGGAGUGUUAUCUGAUUUACAUAAUUUAUAUAAACAAGAUCCUGUCUCAUAUACUAGUCAUAUUGAUAGUGAAGUUACUACGGAAUUGUCGCAAACAAUUCUCGACAUAAGACAUAAUUUACAGAAAUUGACAAAACUUUCCGGUGCUGAAAUUGAACCAGAAACCCAAACUAAAUUACUUGACAAUUGUCGUAACUUACAAGGAAGUUUUGGAGGUGUAGUUCCUGGAGCUGGAGGGUAUGAUGCUAUAUGUUUAUUAGUAAAGGAUGAUAGUGUAAAUACCAUUGUUAGAAGUACUGCGACAAACCCCAGAUUCCAAAACGUGACUUGGCUAAACUUACAUGAGGAAGCUCAAGGUGUAAGAACAGAAAAUGUUGUUGACUAUGAUGGAUUAAAGUAAAUAAAAAUUAAAUAAUGUAUAUAAAAUUUUUAUACUUAGACAAAAUAUUUUGGUUAGCAUACCUCUUAGAUAUCACUAAUUAAUACUUAUAUGGUAAGUACAGCCUCUAAACUGUUUCUAAUUAAAAUUAUAAACCCGAUCGAUUAAUCCCGUUGCGGAUCAUCCAAAAAAUAAGUCAAGAAAUACGAGGCU